AUGCAGCAUCAUCAUCAGCAGCAGCCGGGUGAAUUUACUGGUAUUGUCAAUGCGCCGAUUGAGUCCGACUGGGCAACGAUUGACUGGAUUAGCUCGCAGCACGAAGCUAGUGAGCGACGUGUGGCUCGGCAACACAAGACUGGCGACGGUUCAAUCACUGCACGUACACGAAACGCACUAACACAAAAUGAAAGUUUUCUUGCUGCCUUUUUAACAGGACUUGUACUCGGUCUUCUUGGCGUAUUUUGUGAUGCAUGUUCUCACUGGGUUUCAGCCUUUCGUCUUGGUAUUUGUGCCAAUUUCUUUUGGCUUGGACGUAAUCUUUGUUGUGUAGUAGAAGAAGAUUGUACUGGUUAUUAUACCUGGGGUGAAUUCUUUCUUGGUAGAGGAGACCGUGUAGCGGCAUUUGCUGAUUUUUGUUUCUAUGUACUUCUCUCUACCUUUGCCGCGAUGAUUGCAUCUUUUGUAUGUAAAGUGUACGCCCCUUACGCUGCGGGUGGUGGUAUUAAUGAAGUAAAAACGAUUGUCUCUGGUCAUCACGUGCGGCGAUAUCUUGGUGGAUGGACACUUGUAACGAAAGCUAUCGGUAUGAGUUUCUCUACAGGCUCUGGCCUUGUGGUGGGAAAGGAGGGACCCUUUGUACAUAUUGGGGCUUGUGCGGGGGAAAUCAUUGCAAAUCUAUUCCCAAGUUAUCGACUGGAUGUUAAGAAACGUGAACUUAUUGCGGCAGGAGCAGCAGGAGGCGUUGCCGUGGCGUUUGGUGCACCUGUUGGCGGAGUUAUAUUUGCAUUGGAGGAGAUUACAAGUUAUUAUAACUUUAAGGCCAUGAUGGCAGCUCUUAUUUGCGGCGUAACGGCCGUGUUAUUGCAAUCACGUAUUGAUCUUUGGCAUACAGGACAUAUUGUGCAAUUUAGUGUGAAUUAUAAACAUGAUUGGCAUUUUUUUCAAUUGCCACUUUUUGCCAUUUUGGGUGUUGUUGGUGGUCUUCUUGGAUCUUUAUUUAAUGUGGUUAAUAUUCGUAUCAUUCGUUGGCGAAAGGCAAAUCUUAAAAUGUGGCGUGUAACGGAAGUUGCUGUUGUGGCCGCUAUUACUGCUGUGGUAAACUUUAUUACACCCUAUAGUGCGGGAAGUUUAUUAGAACUACUCGGAGAUGCCUUUCAGGAUUGUACUCCAAACAGUCCUAUUGAACUUUGUCAAGGAAGUAAUGUUAAAAUAUUUUUAAAUCUUCUUUUAACAGCUUCGGUAAAGUUAUUGCUAUGUGUGUACACGGUAGGUACAUUCUUACCUUCGGGUGUUCUCGUUCCAUCUCUUGCUAUUGGAGCCUUGUAUGGUAGAGCGUUUGGUAUUUUGUGUCGAGCUAUACAAGAAUCGUAUGCCAGUUCAUACAUCUUUUCAGAAUGUUGGAAUCAAGAUCUCUGUGUUAUUCCUGGAGUUUAUGCUAUAGUGGGGGCGGCUGCAAUGUUAACUGGAGUUACCCGAAUGACUAUUUGUCUUGCUAUUAUUAUGUUUGAGUUAACUGGUUCACUCGAUUAUCUUGUUCCAGUUAUUAUUGGUAUUUUAUGCGCCAAGGCCGCCGCAGAAGGAGUGGGAGUUGAAGGUACAUAUGAAAUUGGUAUUGCCGAAAACAAUUUACCGUUUCUUGAUCCCAAGAAGGAGUGUUAUAUAGAUGCCGUAGCGGAAGAUGUAUAUGCGCAGCGUAAGUUCACUGUUCUCACCGCAUAUGGUUUCACUGUGGGAAAAAUAAAUGAGAUUUUGCAAGAGAUGCAAGUAUCAGGAUUCCCAGUGGUGAAUUCUCUUGCAGAUAUGACACUUAUUGGGUAUGCCCCUACAAAGAAGAUUGUACGGGCAAUUCAGGUAGCAGCAGCGAAAGAUAGUCGUAUUAACUUUAAUACUCCUGUCCGUUUUACCGCAACACCCUCUAGUGAUUUAAUAUCAUCAUCAGCAGCAUCACCAACAACAACAACAAUAAAAACAACAACAACAACAACAGGAGGAGGAAGAGAAGAAGAACCUCUAGAACUUGAUAUCACAUCUGUAGUGGAAAGUCCAAUGCUGCAAGUGGAGCCGGAGUGUCCUGUCUCACGUAUGCUCUUUCUAUUCAAAUCGCUUGGACUACGGCAUAUAAUGGUGUGUAGACACUCAAAGUUCACGGGGUAUAUUAGUAAGAAAGACUUUAUUAAGUUCUUGCGAGAUGCGGAGCGGGCAGAACAUAUGGAGGAUGUGGAACUUGAACGAGCCGGAGGAAGAUAA